AUGGGAGAUUACAUUAGUGGAGAAGGUCUCUCAAAUGAAGAACAAGAUGACGAUGCUAUAUUCUUUGCAAUGAUGACAACCUCAACUGAUCCUAUGUACUUUGAAGAUGCUGUAAAGAAUGCCCAUGGAGAGAUAUUAGAUACCAUUAUAUUGCUACUUGAUUUGGCUACUGAAAAGGGAUGGAAAGUGUACCAGUUAGAUGUUAAAUCUGCAUUUCUUAAAGAGGAGAUUUAUGUUCAGCAACCUGAAGGGUUUGUUGUGAAAGGGAAUGAAGAUGAAGUCUACUUGCUCAAGAAGAAGAGUUCUCAUGGUGCUGUAAGUAAAAGGAAAAUUUCAGUUGAUCCAAUCUCAUUUAAAGAAUCUUCUUUUAAGGAAGGCCAUCCUUCUCUUCUCCUUCCUCGUCUCAAACCGGGUAAAUUCUUGAGCAGCAGCCUUCCUAGCUCUGCCACGUCAUCCCCCCGAAUUUCCAGCCCAUUAAAAAAGAAAUGGAAGAACCAAUCUCCCACAUCCCAACCAUCCUCUCCCAGCUUGAAGAUGAUAGAUCCCACAACUGGACAGCAAUCAUUGGCUCUAUCUCGACUCGCCCAACUGCAAGAGAUCCAAUUUCAGAGGAGCAAAUCGUGUGGUGAGGGUCGUAAUACCUCCCCAAACUUGAGCACGAGAAAGCUGAAGACCAAACACUUGAGGGGUCACGUGGAAUCUAUUGAUCAUAACUCCGAUCAUCCACGAGAAGCCACACAUAAAGGAGUAGAGAAAUUCAAAUGUGGAGCGUGUUUGUUUCUUCCCGGAUUUGGGAAGGCGAAGCUUGUAAGGCCACAUAGGUCGACCGAGGAGGAAGAAACCAUUGAUGGUGCUGGAGAUGAUGAUGAUGUUAUCGAGAAAUACAAUGCCAAACAAGUAAGCUCCAAUAGAGUGUCACUAGAGAAGUUCGAGUGUGGGUCAUGGACAUCAUCGGCCAUUGUAAUGGACGGUGAGGAUGGCAUAGUGGAUGUGGGAGGUCUCUUCUUUGACAAUGUUUCGCCUGUAGCCAACUCUUUUGUCUUUGACGGGGAUCUGAGAGGAGCUCUGAAGAAGGUAGUUGUGGGAUUCGAGAGGGAUUCAUUUGGAGUUGAUAAUAGGAAGUCGGCUGAGUCAGGGUCUCGCCAUGUAAGGUUCUCGAAUGUGUCCCCGAGGUCAAAUACUGCUUCGCCGACAACCAUUUGCAUUUCACCUCGACUACGUCAGGCUAGGGACAACUUCAAUGCUUUCUUAGAAGCCCAAACCGUAUGA